AUGAUUUCGUUCUCGAUUGCAUCAGCCGGGAAUUCUCACCGCACUUUGAUCUUUGCUGUCGCCUUUGCUUUGCUUGUUCAUAGCGGAAUAACUCACGAAUCCUUUGCUGAUGUGAAGAGAUCCGAUUUUCCGGCUGAUUUUGUUUUUGGAGUCGCCACUGCGGCUGCUCAGAUCGAAGGAUCUCCAAAAUCUGAAGGGAAAGGGCCGAGUGUUUGGGAUCAAUUUCAACGGCAGUUUCCAUGGAAAAUAGCGGACCACAGUACAUUGGACGUAGCAAUUGAUUCGUAUCGACGCUAUAAGGAAGAUGCAUUGGCUUUAAAGUAUCUGGGCGUGGACGCCUAUAGAUUUUCAAUCCCCUGGACCAGGAUUUUACCGAAUGGAACUCUAAGUGGUGGAAUAAAUCAGAAGGGUAUCGAUCAUUACAACAAUCUCAUCGAUGAGCUAAUUAAAAUUGGCGUUAAACCCUUUGUAACAUUGCUGCACUUUGACAGUCCGGAAGCCCUUGAAAACAUGUAUGGAGGUUUCUUAAAUCGUAAUAUUGUGGAGGAUUUCAAGAACUACGCUGAAAUCUGCUUUAAAACAUUUGGAGAUCGAGUUAAACACUGGAUCACAGUCAAUGAGCCAUUCAUCAUUGCCAAAUUCGGGUAUACCACUGGAAGUGCUCCACCAGGGAGAUGUUCAGAUAGAAAACAAUGUCCAUACGGUAACUCAGCCACUGAACCUUAUAUUGCUAUCCAUAACCUUCUUCUUGCCCACGCAACGGCUGCUAAACUUUACAAGGAGAAAUAUCAGGAAGAACAAGGAGGUGUAAUCGGAAUGAGCAAUGUUGCACAGUAUUACGAGCCAUAUUCAAACACAUUAGCUGAUAAAAGGGCUGCAAAAAGAGCCAUGGAUUUCGACUUGGGAUGGUACAUGGAACCACUGGUGCAAGGAAAAUACCCAUCAAUCAUGAAAAAAAUGGUAAAAGAUAGGUUGCCUGUUUUCACCAAAGAAGAGAAGAAAUUGGUCAAAGGAUCUUUCGAUUUCAUUGGCUUGAAUUACUACACCUCAAGAUACUCCAAGAACAUCCCCACUUUCCCGAAAGGCACACCAGUUAGUCCCUUCACCGAUCAACAUGUAAAUGCCACAGUGGAAAAAGAUGGAGUUUUGAUUGGUCCAAAAUCUGAGGGAAGUUCUUACAUUUACAUAUACCCCAAAGGACUUCGCAAAAUCUUGAAGUAUGUGAAGAAACACUACGGUGAAAAAAUUGCAAUCUACAUUUCCGAGAAUGGUGUUACUGAGAAAAGAAACGACACCGUAUUAACGAAACGAGUUCUAAACGAUCAACAUAGAAUUGAAUUUGUUCAAAAACAUUUGCAAGAAAUCACCAAGGCAAUUGAGAAUGGAGUGAAUGUGAAAGGAUAUUUCUACUGGAGUUUAUUUGAUGACUUUGAAUGGACAGAAGGAUAUGGAAUUCGAUUUGGACUCUAUUAUGUUGACUUUGCUGAUAAUUUGAAACGAAUUCCCAAACAAUCUGCUCUAUGGUAUCAUAAUUUUAUCAAGGGUGACCAAAAAUGA